CACGAGUCUGCGUUACACCAUUCGUCUUGGUCAAAGCUAUGUUUGCUUGGUGUUGCUAAGCGGUGUCGAUUUUUAAUGAAAAGCGUAUCUACCUUUACCUGUAUUUUCAUAAUUUAACCACAUUUAUGCAGCUGCGCCGUCCACAUUGCUAAAACGAAGAUGACAUCUAAACUGAAAGUUGGGAAGGUCGGCUCCAAGAAUAAGGAGGAUGCUCCUUAUGAAUUGGAGAGCCAGUUUAUCCUGCGGCUUCCUUUGGAGUAUGCCUCAACAGUAAGAAGGAUUGCCCAGUCUAGCAGUAUGAACAUGAAAGACCGACUCACCAUCGAGUUGCACCCUGAUGGUCGUCAUGGUAUAGUGAGAGUAGACCGUGUUCCUUUGGCCUGCAAACUGGUGGAUCUGCCCUGUAUGAUUGAGUCUCUGAAAACGGUGGACAAGAAGACAUUUUACAAGACUGCUGAUGUCUGCCAGAUGCUGGUAUGUACACUAGAUGGAGACCUUUACCCUCCUUUAGAGGAGCCAACUGGCACCGACCCUAAGAGCAAGAAGAAAGACAAAGACAAGGACAAGAAAUUUGUUUGGAACCACGGCAUCAGCUGUCCUCUGAAGAACACACGCAAGAGAAGAUUUCGGAAGACCGCAAAAAAGAAGUACAUUGAAUCUCCUGAUGUGGAAAAGGAGGUAAAGAGAUUGCUGAGCACAGACGCAGAUGCUGUCAGUGUCCGGUGGGAAAUCAUAGCAGAGGAUGAGUCCAAAGAAGCUGAUCAGCACAGCUCUCUGGCCAAUCUGGACUCCUCACCUGGCACGUCGGGACACAAGAUGGGUCACGGGUCCUCUGCCCAGCGUGACGAACUGAGAGAGAUCUUCAACGACAUAAGCAGCUCCAGCGAGGAUGAGGAGGACGAAGGGGACCGGCAUGAGGACGAGGACCUGAAUAUCAUGGACACAGAGGAUGAUCUGGUCCGACAGCUCCAAGACAAACUCAACGAGUCUGACUCCGCACAGCAUGAAAGUGAUAGAAACACCCAGAUAGUUAUGGAGUUCCAGGUGCAGAUCAAUGGCGUCAAGGCCAAGCUCCAGGAAACCCGUGCAAGAAAGAAACAGCAGGAGGAGCUCAUCAUGAAAGUGGAAAACCAGGCCCUCAAAAACCGCUUCCAAGCUUUGUUGGAUGAGAUUAUUCAGCAGGAGGAGCGGGAGAUGGAGCAGCUGGCCUCCCUGCAGGAGCAGCUGGACUCACUGAUAGAGAAGUGACCACCAGGGGGCAGCCUCAAGUCAUCUUCAGCCACACAUUAACACAGGAGGAGGAGAAGAGCUUUCAUCCAGGGAGGAGGGAGUCGUCGUUAGCUGACUUGCUGUGUCAUUCCUUUCUAUUUGUCGUUUUCAUACAUUACACAUACAGCAUACUGAUUUCUGUAUUAAAAGUCAGUGUUUUUUUAUUAAGUUGAAAAAAUGAGUUACUAUAUGAUUAAAGUAUUUGCUUGGCUUUAACGGUGAA